AUGCAGACAGUGACAAACACGCAGACAGGAGACGCAGACAGGAGACGCAGACAGGAGACGCAGACAGGACACGCAGACAGGACACGCAGACAGGACACGCAGACAGGACACGCAGACAAGAGACGCAGACAGGAGACGCAGACAGGACACGCAGACAGGACACGCAGACAGGACACGCAGACAGGAGACGCAGACAGGAGACGCAGACAGGAGACGCAGACAGGAAACGCAGACAGGAGACGCAGACAGGAGACGCAGACAGGACACGCAGACAGGACACGCAGACAGGACACGCAGACAGGAGACGCAGACAGGAGACGCAGACAGGACACGCAGACAGGAGACGCAGACAGGAGACGCAGACAGGACACGCAGACAGGAGACGCAGACAGGAGACGCAGACAGGAGACAGAGACAGGACACGCAGACAGGAGACGCAGACAGGAGACGCAGACAGGAGACGCAGACAGGACACGCAGACAGGAGACGCAGACAGGACACGCAGACAGGACACGCAGACAGGACACGCAGACAGGAGACGCAGACAGGAGACGCAGACAGGACACGCAGACAGGAGACGCAGACAGGAGACGCAGACAGGAGACAGAGACAGGACACGCAGACAGGAGACGCAGACAGGACACGCAGACAGGAGACGCAGACAGGAGACGCAGACAGGAGACGCAGACAGGACACGCAGACAGGAGACGCAGACAGGAGACAGAGACAGGAGACGCAGACAGGAGACGCAGACAGGAGACGCAGACAGGAGACGCAGACAGGAGACGCAGACAGGAGACAGAGACAGGAGACGCAGACAGGAGACGCAGACAGGAGACACAGACAGGAGACGCAGACAGGAGACGCAGACAGGAGACGCAUUCACUCAGACCAUAA